ACGGAUGGGUGAAGAGAGCUAGCUCUGUGUUCUGGAAGAGAUAGCAGUGUAAAAGUAAGGUGUAAAUAAAUAAAUAAAUAAAUAAAUAACACACCGACACCGCCUGUGUUUCAACUGGAAUGUUUGCUUCAACGUCUCCUCAGAAGGUCUUUGUCAUCCUCACAUGGUGUCUUCUGCUUCGACGGUGUAGCUGUCUCCAUGGCAACGAGCGCUGUGCCCGGGGACAACCUGCCCACUUAUAAGCUAGUGGUGGUGGGUGACGGUGGCGUGGGAAAGAGCGCGCUCACCAUCCAGUUCUUUCAGAAGAUCUUCGUGCCUGAUUACGACCCGACCAUCGAGGACUCCUACCUCAAACACACCGAGAUCGAUGGACAGUGGGCCAUACUGGAUGUACUGGACACGGCAGGUCAGGAGGAGUUCAGUGCUAUGAGAGAGCAGUACAUGAGGACCGGAGACGGCUUCCUCAUAGUGUUUUCAGUGACCGACAAGGCCAGCUUCGAGCAUAUAGACCGUUUCCAUCAGCUCAUCCUGAGAGUGAAAGACAGGGAGUCGUUCCCGAUGGUCCUCAUCGCUAAUAAAGUCGACUUGGUGCAUUUGCGCAAAAUCACAAGUGACCAGGGGAAGGAGAUGGCGAUGAAACAUAGCAUCACCUAUAUUGAAACAAGUGCAAAGGAUCCACCCAUGAAUGUGGACAAAGCGUUCCACGAGCUCGUGAGAGUGAUUCGGCAGCAGGUUCCAGAGAGGGCCCAGAAGAAGAAGAAAACAAAAUGGCGAGCGGACAGGCCAUCCGGAUCAGCCAGGCUUCACUGUGUCCUACUAUGACUGUUUGCUUCUCUCUGGGCACGUCAACCACGCGAUGAUGGCUUGGACUGUUAAUACACACACACACACACACACACACACACCACAGAGCUCCUUAAAUGUAAUACUACUGCACACAGUGUUUUCACUUCAACCCAGGCAAUUCAGGAGACAAAUCUUGCCAUCCAGUGUUAAUAAGGUGUGUAAUUAAAAAAGGGCCGAAUAGAAA